UCGACCCCUCUCAUCAGAUGCAGGUUAAGUUUACUGACGAUGAGGGACAAACUGAGGAUGGAGUGGACAUUGGUGGUCCCAAGCGGGAGUUCCUGACCCUCCUUAUGGAAUGCCUGAGAAUGAGAAGAAUAUUUGAUGGUCCACAGGACAGGAAAUUCCUCACGUUCGACAAUGCAGCUGCAAAAGAUGACGAAUACUUUCAUGCUGGGAGGAUGAUUGCAACUUCUAUAGUUCAUGGUGGUCCAGGCCCCCGCUUCCUGUCAGAGACGCUCUACCAGCACCUCACUGGAAUGAAAAACACCAACAUUGAAGCCAUCAUUGAAGACAUUACUGAUGACACUAUGAGAGCUUCCCUGCUUGAGCUGGUCAAAAAUGAUUGGGGUAAUUAA